CUGCCGCCGGGCCGUCACCCCAAACACCUCGAUCCUGCCCCCAACCUCCGCACUCCUUGCCCCAACACCCCCGACUCUCGCGCGCGUGGCCGACAUCGCCGUUCGUGCUGUCUCCACCCCGCCCGCAAUCUUUGGCCAUCGGGGUUUGAGUCCUAGACAAAGAAGAAUCCCCUAGAGAGAGCUGUUGUCCUGCGCGAGUAGCAGAUGGCGAGGAUAAAGCCGAAACAGUUGCUAAUUCAGAGCAAGACGAAGAAGGGUCCAUCGCGAAUCAGUUAUUCUAGCAUCAUCACCUGGAACCUGAUCGUCGUCUUGGUUGUGCUAUCUCUCUAUGCAACUUACAGGCAUUGGCAUCACAGGCCGGCCUUCGAGGCUGAAAUGGAUCUUCCUCGGGCUGAGAAUAUAGAAAGAUCUGAGGAUUCAACAAAAAUAAGUACCCCAAGCUACGUGAUAAUGGACACUUUGAAAGGCUCAAUUACCAUAGAAAUAUCCAAAGAUGCUUCUGCUGGUGUUGUGGACAGAUUUAUCAACUUAUGCAAGAGUGAUUAUUUUAAAGGAAUGCCAUUUCGUCAUGUCAUAAAAAACUUGGUAAUCUAUGGUGGUGAUUUUGAUUUGAAUGGAGCUGCCCAUGAAUGGAUACUGAAAGCCAAAGCCAGUGGAGAAAAUGCUCUCAGUCCAAAGCAUGAGGCCUUCAUGAUCGGGACUACAAGGAGUCCUAAUAAUAAAGGAUUUGAUCUAUUUAUCACGACUGCUCCAAUUCCUGACUUGAAUGGCAAGAUCGUUUUGUUUGGGAGAGUUAUUAAGGGAGAAGAUAUUGUUCAGGAGAUUGAAGAAAUCGAUACUGAUGAGCAUUACCAGCCCAAAACCCCUAUCGGCAUAAUUAACAUCAGCCUUAUACAGGAGCUUUGAGCUGAUCCUGCUGCUGUCCUUGUAUCAACCGUCACCUGUCCGUAUACUCUUUAAGAAGGCAACUCCUGGCACUUCGUCCCAGUUCAUGCAGCAGCUGUGUAUAAAUUUAUACCUUUGUUUUAUUUUCAAGCGGAGUUCAUGUGUUCAGUUGUUCCAAUGUAAAUUUCAACCACUUUUAUAAGCAUGAAUAUGGCCGUGACCAUAUCUAACUUGUGCGUUGAACACUGAAAUGAGUCUGCUGGUGAUGGGUGCGAUGCUAAUGAACACGCACAUAUGUAAUGUCACUAGACCAUAAUAGCGAGCGAUGCCGGGCUCGUCAAUUUAACCCAUAAUAAGGGCAAGAAGAGUGCA